AUGGCAAAAGACGUUGCUGCAGAGGAGUCGACCUCAACCGAAAUUUCGCUUUUCAUUUCGCUGAAGUUGGAUCCAGUUUUUCGCCUUGUUCCGAAAUUUAUCACGGCGAACGAGCAUUCAGCGAGCCAGAAACAAGGCCUGUAUCUUGAACUCUUUCGGGCUGUGCGUGAUGCGGUACUGUCGCUGAGUAAUCGGAUGGAAGCAUUCAUCACUCUACACACUUAUUCACAGAUCUGGGUGUAUCCGUACUCGAACAAAAAAUUUGCAUAUUCACCAGAUGUUGAUGAACUCAAGGAAGUGGCAAAGAAAGCUGUUGAAUCACUGGGAAAACUAUAUGGUACGCAAUAUAGAUAUGGUACUGGACCGGAGACCAUAUAUGCAUAUGCAGGAGGAUCGGCUGAUUGGGUCAAAGAAACGGCACAUGUGAAGUAUUCGUACACAGUUGAACUCCGACCAUCCUAUUUUUGUUAG